UCAUCUCUCUGUCUUAAAGUCAAACACCCAGUGAUACUACCCAACAACAGUCAUAUUACUAAGCUGAUUGUGUCCCACUACCAUGCUAAGACAAGCCAUCAGGGUCGAGGCCAGACACGAAUGGAGCUUAGGACCAAUGGAUUCUGGGUCAUUGGUGGGAGUAAGUUGAUGUCCAAGCUGAUACGCGAUUUUGUGUUUUGCAGAAAACUUAGGCGGACAAGCAGAGAAUGGCUGACCUUCCUAAAGAACGUGUCGAAUCCUCUCCACCUUUCACGUAUAGUGGCAUGGACUGUUUUGGCCCUUUCAUUGUGAAGAAAGCCUGCAAAGAGUACAAAAGAUAUGGCCUAAUUUUCACGUCUCUACUCUAGAGCUGUCCAUAUCGAAAUGCUCGAAGACUUGUCAGCUGACUCAUUGAUAAAUGCACUGAGAUGCUUUAUUAGCAUUAGAGGAGCUGUACGACAACUGCACUGUGAUCAAGACUCUAAUUUUGUUGGUGCCAGGAACGAGUUCAUGCAAGCACUUAAACAAUGUGACACUAAGUUACUAGAAGUUUUCUUGAUCGCUUAACAGUGUGAAUUUGUUUUCAAUUCCCCCUCUGCCAGUCAUGCAGGUGGUAUCUGGGAAAGACAGAUCAGAACUAUCAGAAACAUGUUGAAUGCUACCUUUGCAUAGUCCAUAGUCCGACUUGAUGACGCCUCCCUCAGGACAUUACUAUGUGAGGCCAUGGCUAUUGUCAACAGCCGCCCAUUAACAGUGGAUGGAAUCAAUGAUCCUUGAGCAUUGGAGCCCAUAACACCGAACCAUCUCAUUAUGAUGAAAUCUAAGGUUGCUCUCCCUCCCCCUGGAGUGUUUGUUAUAGAGGACCUAUUUGCCACAAAGAGAUGGAGGAGAGUGCAGUAUCUUAUUGAACAAUUCUGGAGUCACUGGAAAAGAGAAUAUUUGUUGAACAUUUCCAUGAGACAUAACCUCAAGAAAGAGGACAUUGUCAUUAUCAAAGAUGGUAACCUUCCAAGAAAUCAGUGGCAACUAGGACGAGUGGUUGAAACUGUUCAAGGCAGUGAUUGAUUGGUCUGUCGAGUCAAAGUUCAAGUCGGAGAGCGAAAGUGAAAUUCCUCUUCUAAACCCUCAGUUAUUGAGAUACGAAUCCAGAAAUUAGUUCUUCUUUUGGAAAAUUGAUGAGAACAGAUGAACAACUUUCGUACAGUUCAGUUAUUCCAUGAUAGUUUUAUGCAAACAUAUUUAUUUAGUAGAGUCAAGAAAUCCUGUUCAAUUUAUUUACCCUUUAUGUAUUACUUUGUACAUUGAUUGUGACAGGAUUUGGUGGGAGUGUAAAUAGCUACACUCUUUACACUGAUGCUGGACCAGCGGCCCUCUUCUGGGUACGAUGUUUUCAAUGUGUCCGCUGUCCAAAUGAUAAAAUCCUCCUUGUUCAUUGGUCCAAUAGUGACACCUAGUGGUUAAUUUAUGCUUUUAUUUUGAAGAACGGUAUAUUUCUUCUUCGUGUGUUUUGUGAUAUGCACUUCCUGUUCUUACUAAGCACGACGAGACAGUGUUAGAUCCUGAUGGAACCUGAAGGAAAUCUUUAAAAUAGCGCCCUUGGAAAGCAAAAUGAGUUUUCAUGGUGUCUAUGACAAGAAAAGUCAAGAAUGAACUGCACCUGUUUGGAACUCCCUGUGUCUGGCUGUUUAUUCCAAGUAGCCGCUACAAUAACAGGAACUCAGAAGUUCUUGUUAUGAAGUUCUGACAUCCCUCGGACCUUCUCUCAUUGAUCAAGUUAAACUAUUUAUUAGAUUUGUAUCUGUAGCAGUUUUAUUUAUUGUUUAUUCUCUUUCUUGAUUUUCGUGUUUUAAUACCCCAACCCCUAACUUGAAAACAAAAACCUGUUGUUGCUAUGGCACAUAAUAGUGUUGAGAUUCAGAUGUGCUUAUCUGAAUCUCUAGGCACUCUGCACAGGAACACAGGGAGAGUGUUUGUCAAGGAGGAAUAACAUUCCUCUGCUUCAGCAGUGGACUGAUGCAGAAAGUCAUGACAGCCCCUGUGGUUCCUGCUUGACUGUUAGAGCUCAGACGUGUAAACUGGUCUGUCAGGGUGAAGGCUAGCAGAAGUCCAACUCUAGCUGAAACGUUCUAUCAUACCAGACGGGUUGGAAAAUAAUUUUGGCUCAGAAUGGUCAGAGGAGUGCAUUUUGGGGGUUUUAAUGCAAGCCUGAUCUUUCUGAUGUUCUCUGUCGAAGGCUUGUUGUUGAAGGAGCAGCACAGGAAUGCAGAGGUGACUCAAGGGCUCAGCAAAGCUAUCUUAGAAAUGUUGCAUAUCAAGAAAGUGUCGGCGAGUCAUCAGGCCAAACCUCAUCCUUAUAUGAAUAGGAUCUAUCAACAUCUGGAGUCACUGGAAGCUCAAGAUUUUGGAAGAUCAGAUGGAAUCCUAGUGCAGAGUUUUCGAAGUGUUGAUGGGCCCCAUCAUGCUCCACAAGGAUGGAUCUGGUUCAACAUCAGCAGCCUGAACCUCUCCAUGCUGGGUGCAGAGUUGGUCCUCUACAGGAAGACCCUCCAUUCAUGCCCUCUCACGGUCACUGUGACCCUGCACAGCAUCAUUGCAUCACAGCACAAUCUGAAUGAAAUUCCUGCUUUGGAGGAGAGGCAGCUGACGCUGGACCAGCGGCCCUCUUCUGGGUACGAUGUUUUCAAUGUGUCCGCUGUUUUGGUUAUGCAGCAUCUGGAGGUGGUGGGCUUCCAGCUGAGGUAUACAGAUGAGAGUGGGAGUUUGGUCCUCCAUGAAGCGCUGACACAGAGUCUGUACUGUUUGAGCAGAGGCGCUCUGCAGGAACCCUUAAUGGUGCUUUACGAAGCACGGCCUCUUCAGUUCUAAUGACAUCACCUUGACCACAGAAAAUUCAAGGAAAAACUAUACAGUUUAUUUCCUCUUGUAUCCGAUGGCAGAAAUUCCUAAACAGUAUGUUUUGUUUUGAAUGAGUAUGCAUUUUUCUGUAAUUUCAAAUGGAGUUCAGCUUGUCUGAGAAACCAGUGAUAAAUAAUUCAAACAGCCAGCUGACAACAUUCAGAUAGAGCAGAAUUUUGAAGUGAAGCUCCUUCAAGGUUGUAAGCAGUUAUUUUUUUUAGUAUAAAUCCAGACUAGCUAGUCGUGAAGACUAUAGUUAAAGGCUAAUCUGAGAGGGAUGAAGACCAAGUCAUUCUUCAGUCUGAAUGCAUUAGCGGUUUUGCUAAAGCUCUUUUAGUCGUCUUUAAACCAUUGUCAGGGUUUGUGUUCUCCCUACAUGUAACCUCCUUUGUCUUUGACACUGUAUAAUAAAGCAAAGAUGCUCAUCUUAA